CUAAGCUGUCCGUGCUAAAAAACGAAGGUCUGUCUCAGCUGUGAGUGUCGACCAAACCAACAGUGCAACUACCUUAGAGUCAACGUGAAAGAAGUUUCGAAAUCAACAUUACGUACUUGAGUUUAUAUCGGCAACCUUUGAUGAACCUCCUUUGAUAACAUUGCUUAAAGUGAGCUUAAGGAAUUGUCAUUCUUCGGUAGCCAGAAAUUGACGCUUUACGUCUUUGAACGAGGGCGCAGCUCAGCUAGAACAAGCUGUUCUUCUUAGAUUUAUCAAUGGACGCGGUUGUGCUGUUCACCAGCCAAAGUCAAGGAAGAGACCGUAUAUUCAGGGCAACACAAUAUGCAUGUGCACUCUCGAUUUAUUUACUUCGGAACAACUCCGAAAGAAAGGACCUUGUGGCGAAACUCAAAAGUCUGGAAACCAACAUGAGCGCUGGAAGAAAACUGUUCAGGCUGGGGAACACAAUAAAUUCCAUUGAGGCUGCUAAACGAACCAUGCAACUCUCUGACCGAGUGCUGUGCCUGUGCCUUACUGCGGCCAACGUCAACCGCGCCCUCUACUUUAUCUGUGACAAUGUACUUUGGGCCAGAAAUGUUGGUCUUAUCCGCAAUAUCAACAAGGAACGUUGGAGUCUAAAUGCCUCUCGAUGCUAUUUCCUCUCGCUAGUUACAAGUCUGACCAGAGGUGUUUAUGAAGUUGUCCAGUUAAUGACACAGAAGGCGAGAGACAGACACUUUAGACAGAAAAUGGAGCUGCAUCUCAAUGAGAGUCCUGAUGUGGCUGAAGCAGUCAUCCCUCAGCUUGAUGCGUUUCUCUUUCUUCUGAUAGAGAGCCUAAGAUCACAUCCUGCUGUUGCCUUGGAUAUGAUUAAAAAUAUAUGUGAUCUCUUCAUUCCCCUUGACAGGCUGGGUAUAUACCAAUCGAACGCAGGAGUGGUUGGAUUUUGUGGUUUAUUAUCUUCAGUGAUUGGGAUUGUAACCCUUGCACAGCCCAAGUUAAGACUCAAACCCUGAUAACAAGGGUAGAGGUAAUCCUGCUGACUAACUGCAGAUAAAAGGAUUUAUCCUGACGGGAUGUAGUGUGUCUACCUGGAGCUGUAAUGGUGGACUAAAGUAGACCUGGUACACAUUGACAUUAAGGCACAUUUUGUAACAUCUAAAUGUUAAAAGCAUUACAAAAACAGCCCGCAACAACUGACGGCGUAACUGGGUUUGAUUGUUUUGUCAUGGAUUCUUGAUUAACAGAAUGACUAAAUGUUGAAUAGGAAACUAGUGAGGUUAAAUAUCCUUGUAUAAAGGAAGAAAAUCAGGUUUACAUAGAAGCCUUGUUUAUUUUUCGUAGUUUAAAAAGGCCAAGGCUUAACUUGUGUGCAUUCCUGUCUUCUCCAGCACCACAUAUAACACCAGCAGGUUUGUUACUACUGUAUUUGCAAAAAGGGCUCUUUACUGAUACAUAUUUCUUUUACAAAAAGUAAACUCUUAACCACUCUGUCCACUUUUUUAUCUGUUCUCCUUUGUGUGAUUUAAAUGCUGCUAAAAGUUUUACCUCAAUGAUUCAAGUUAUAAACUGCUUCUCGGCCAAAAGUGCUUCCAGAGGGGAAAAAUCAGCUGAGAGAUUUCAGGGUUUCGGCUUCUCUCACAGUAGACAUUUUGUCUUGUCCUAGCAGAAAAAGCACAGAAUGACCAAUAACACAAACAAUGGCUUUGUUCUAUCUGGCUGCGAGUGUGGCAGAAAGCCAAAAUGUACAAUACAAUGACCCUGAAAUCAAAGCAGCUACAUGGAAUUCAUCCAUAAUUAAUGUGAUUUGUUUUCUAUGCUAUUUCCUACUGUGACAACUAAUACGUCUUCUGUGAAAAAAGCAUUUUAUCUCACCUGUGCUGUGACUCCGAUAGCAGAAUGAGUCAUGGCCUGUACUAUGACUCAUCAAAUAUUACUGUAUGUAAAUUAAAAAAUGUAAAUUAUUGAGUUUAAAAAGAUCAUUAAAUUGGUGUUAUAUUUUAAUGAGCAGAGACACUCUCGAUAAUGUGCUAAUAAUAUUCUUAAUAUAUUGUGCAGUUUACUUGUGUAUAUAUGGGGUUUUUUUAUCUUUAUGGUGGAGAAAACGAGUGCAGAGUAUAAGAGAGUGAGAUCUAUCACGUGUUUCAUUCCAGGAGACCUAAUGUUUUCACUGUCACACUUGAUUUCAAAGGUUAAUAAACACUAUAAAACAACA